UCAAAUGUCGGCAAUGUUCUUGUCUUGUCAGAUUAGCUAAAAUUUGUGAAGAGUGUUAAAGUUAAAAUGAAAAUGUUAAAAUAAAAAUACAAUAGUGUCAUACUAAAGUAAAUCGUAAUGCUUGCGUGUAUAUCAAAGUCGUAGUUUGGAAAAUAUAGAAUAUUUACUCGCAAUUGUUACAUCAUGAGUAAUCUGAGAAGAAAUGUUUUGCAAUGUUUCAAAAAACUUCAUAGAACAAGGCUCAAAGUGUUCAACGGAGAUGAAAUGGCAUUAACAGCUGGUAGAUUAAAAAUAAAUGAAGAAUUUAAGAAAAACAAAGGAGUUGAUAAUGAAGAGGCAAUAAAGGCUAUGAUUGCCUUUGGAGAAGAUGUAGAAAGAGAAUUAAGGACACAAGUAAUACAAGCAAAGCAGAUUAAACCCGGAGUCUUUGAGGCAAGAAUAACUCAAGACACACUAAAAUUAGAAAAUAUACCUUUUGAUGACAAUGCAAUAAUAGAAAAGGGUACAGGAACUCCUUGUUGUCAGAGUCGCCCAAAGUAAUCAUGUUGAGCUUGCUAAGUAGAUGUUUAGAAUAGUGGAGUAAGAAUAAAGUUAUGUACCUGAAAA